AUGGACAGGCUGUAUAGUCACAUUAAUAGCCUGGUAACACCAUGCAGUCUAGUAACACUGACCUACGGAGAAGUAUGCAAUCUGGUACCCUUUCCGAGUCCCGCUCCCCCCUUUAAAGACUUAAAUUUUAGAAACAUCAACAACAAUUCUGCUGUCCAUGGAAAAACCAAAACGGCGUACAACUACAAUGUAAGAAGCGCAGUUGAUCUUGCCAAACUUUACCUCCCAGAUUAUCUCGCUGCAUUCUCGACAUUUGACAAAUCCAUGGAUUUGAGUGCCUCUCUCAGACUCUUGGGAUGUAAAAAGUACCCCACGCGAAUAUAUGUUUCUCGUGAUCCUUCCGCGAAUGAUAUCAAGUCAUUGGCAGAUGAUGUCAGAGAAAAUGUCAGGAAUCCAGCAAGUCAUUAUAAUGAGAGUCGUUGGGAACAGAUCUUCUUUGACCAAUGCUUCGACAAGCUUAAGAAUCUAGUCCAAGGUCUGCCUCUGGAUGUGGCCAAAAUAAACGAGCUUUCAGAUCAACUUUCGAAAUGGAAAACAAAAGGUUUCCAAAUGAUUGUUGAUGAAGAUGUAAUAGACCUGAUAGCACAAUUUCAAAAGGAUAGCCUGGAAGUAAUCCAAGAAAAAUUGGAAGAUAAGCCAACGAGGGAAGAGAUAGAGAUCAUGUUACAAAAGCUGUCCUCCUUUCACCACUCAUUUUUGUCAGCAAAAUUUGGUGAAGUUUUAAGUGAGCUGAAAGACAUCAAAGCUAUCGCUCUUAAUCAAAUGAGCAGGAAAAGUGUUCGCCCUUCGAGAUACAGCGUUUCAUCUGCAGAUACCACUUCCAAAUUCGGAAAAACCAACGAAGCAGAGGAUAAGAAUCUGGACUUAGAAUGCAAGCAUAGAGCCGAGAAUGCUAAACCUAGCCUCAGAUCCCUUUCAAAGAAAGCUUUUCUGCACGUUGAUGCACGAUCCGGCUUCAAUCGACUACACGCGGCUGUAUUUCAUGGCGACUAUGACACGGUUUUGAGAGCUUAUGCCUAUCUUGAUAAUUUGGUUCAAGACAUGAGUUUUCACAAAACAGGAAACCAAGCAAAGGCUUUUCCUGGAAAAACUGCGUUAGAAAUUCUCUUGGCUCUGCAAGAAAAAGGAGAAGGAAAUGUUGAUAUAGACAAACUGUACAAAGAGGGCGUCGAGAAGAUCGAUACAUUAACUGAGCUCCACUUAUGUAAAUGCACCAAUGAUGCAGAGAAGGCUGUGGAGAUUGUUCUAAACGAGGGUGUAGAUAUAAAUAUACCGGGAAAAAGCAACCGCACACCUUUGAUGUGGGCAAGUACAUCAUCCUCUGAGUUCAUCAAAACCCUCAUUGAUCUUGGAGCUGACGUUAAUGCUCAGAGGACAGAUGACCAGACUGCACCUUUGAUAUUGGCAACUUGUUGGAACAACUACAUGGCCGCGGACAUCCUGUUGAAGCAUGGAGCUGAUGUGAAUAUGAAAUACAAAGAGAAUGCAGGUGAAAGAGUUUACAUUGUUCUUGGGAAGAACGGAGGGGAAUCAGCCUGGCAAUAUAUUCUUGUACAGAAAGCCCUUUUGCCCCUGUUCUUGAGGAAGACUCCAAGUGGAAGUCUCAAACUUGCAGCCUUUGGAGAAGUCCUCAAAUCUGGAUAUGGAGAGGACCCUCCUGAGAGCGUAAGAGAAGAAAUUAGAGAGAGAGCGAACGCCUUCCACGACAUUGACAGCUUUACAAUACUUCAUCUUGCGAGUAAGAAAGGUGGUCCCGAUAUUGUAGAACUUCUGGUGAAGCACAAUGCCGAUAUAAACGGAUGCGAUGGAGAUGGCUUCACACCUCUGCAUUUAGCAGCGACGCAUGGUAACGUUCAAGUUGUAAAAAAGCUGGUUGAACUCAACGCUGAUGUCACCUUGAAAGUGGAUGGAAAGGAUGCAGCCGACUUGGCUCGUAUGAACGAAGAAACAGAAAUUGAGGAAUUUCUAAAAUCUAAGAGAAGCUCACCUUUAAAGGACUCUGACAUGUAAUCGGUGCAAGGUUAGACGGAUUUAAAACGCACCAAAAGAGGCAGAACGUGGCUUUGAAUUCAUCGAGGAAAAUUUAAGUUAAUUUAUCCCCAAUACUAGAAACGUAGAUGUUUCAGUACAUAGUUUUUGUUUUACAUAUAGUCAGCGCGCCUCAAAAGUGUUUGUUUGACAUAAUUUGGAAUAGAUACUGAAUUCGAACUCAUUUGACCAUCAGGAAGUUUGUAUUGAGACGGUCUGACACUAUUGCUUUCAGUAUUGACGGUAUUUUGACUGGUGAAUGUUAAACAGUAUUUAGUAAAACGUUGAUAAGGCCAGGACCUUGGCAAAUGAGCGGCUGAAUGUAAAAAAUGCGGUUUUACAUUGAUCUUU